AUGAAGGCAAAGUCACACUCCGGUCACCCAUUCGCCGCGGCGGCACAUUGGAACUUGGAGCAAUCUUACGAGAACCGGUCCCGCAAGGGCAACAAAAAACGCAGAGCGAAGGAGAAGCAGGAACACACACGACUGCCCAUCAAGACAGCAACGGGGAUCGUUCAAGUCCCCAAUAUCCCUUCUGCAGCAACCCUCGAUGGGGAUACCGAGUCCGCGUCCAACGACGAGGAGGAUGAAGAUGAAAAGGAUGGGAUUGAUCCCUCCCGGGUAUCGCUACCGCCCGCCGCUCCAGUAGCGGUGGAGAAGCCGCUGCCGCUGCGGAAAAGAAUAAUAAUUGCAAAGGAGGAAUUGGCGAAUAUUGCCACGCUGGUUAACGAGGACCCUGAAGAGAAUGUGGGCUUACUGAAGCGGUUGAAGGAGAUAUCUGAUGAUGCUGCAGUGCGAAUUAGGAUGUUGGCGAUCGGGACUAUGUUGGCGGUGUAUAAGGAUUUGAUACCCGGGUAUCGUAUCCGUGCGCUGAGCGAGGAGGAGAUGAGGGCUAAGAUUACGAAGGAGGUGCGAAAGGUACGUGGGUUUGAGCAGGCGCUUGUGAGUGGGUAUUCGGGGUUUGUGAAGUUGUUGGGGGGUUUGGCUAGAGGUUUGUCUUCAUUUUUUCCAGAGAGGGCGGGGGGGUGAGGCUGACUUUGCGGGUUGAUCGAUAGCUGGGAGGGGUGGCAGUGAUGAGGACACCGUCGCCCUUGCGAAAGCUGCCGUGAAUUGCGCCUGUGGGUUACUACUUGCGGUGCCGCAUUUUAAUUUCCGGACGGAAUUGUUGAAGAUUAUUGUCGAGAGGGUUAGCGUGAGAAAUGUCGACGAGACAUUCGUCAAGUGUCGGACUACCCUCGAUGAGUUGUUCCAUACAGAUGGGGAUGGAGGCCCAUCCUGCGAAGCGGUGCAAUUACUGUCCAAGAUGAUGAAAGCGAAGCACUAUCUCGUGGACGAGUCCGUGCUAAACACCUUCUUGUCCCUGCGCCUCCUUUCUGAACUCGACGUGAAGGGCUCCAAUUCUGCCGUUGAUAACCCCCGAAAACGCAAGAAGAAGGACCGCGAGUUCAGGUCCAAGAAGGCCAGGAAAUUGGAGAAGGAGCGGAAGGUGACCGAGAAGGAGAUGUUGGAAGCGGACGCUACCGUCUCGUACGAGGAGCGUGAGAAGAGGCAGUCUGAGACGCUAAAAUUGGUGUUUUCCACAUACUUUCGGAUUCUGAAGAUGAAGCCGCCGGGUCUUAUGGGGGCCACGUUGGAGGGGUUGGCGAAGUAUGCGCAUUUGAUCAAUCUUGAUUUCUUUGGGGAUUUGUUGGUUGCCCUGAAGGAGCUGGUUUCUGACGCGAAGGAGGAGGCUGGGGAGGGUGGGGGGGUAAUGGAGGGGGAGAAAGACGAGGGGGCCAAUCGGAAUUCAGUUCGGGAGGCGUUGUUAUGCAUUAUCACUGCCUUUGCAUUGUUAUCCGGACAAGGUACCCUCUACUAAUCCAUCCCGCUGUCCGGGUUGAGCUGACAACCGAAAAUAGGCGGAGGAAUAACCAUAGACCUAACCUUCUUCACAACCCACCUCUAUGCCACCCUCCUCCCACUCUCCCUCUCAUCUGACCUAGAACUAACCACCAAAUCCCUGCGCUUACCGGACCCGCACUCCCCGCUCCCCCCCUCCCCCCCUCCUCCUCGCGCAUAAACCUUUCCACAGAAAUCGAACUCCUCCUCCGCGCCCUCUCCUCAAUCUUCUUCUCAACCGCACACCAAAAGUCCACGACUCCGCUGCGCCUCGCGGCGUUCACGAAGCGCCUGCUAACGGCCUCGCUGCAGACGCCAGAGAAGUCGACGCUGGCGAUGCUUGGCCUGCUGAACAAGCUGGCUAUCAAGCAUGGACGGAAGCUGUCGGCGCUUUUCUCCACGGAAGAGGUGGUUGGCGACGGUGUUUGGGACGGGUACGUCGAUGAACCGGAGAUGAGCAAUCCAUUUGCAGCAACUGGGUGGGAGGCUGUGCUGCUUAGGCGGCAUUACUCGCCCAGCGUUGCGGAGGCUGCGGCAGCGUUGCCGGGGCUGUUUGCUGGCAAGGGGAGAGAGGGGUAG